AAAAAACAUUAAACAGAGUAAAAGACUCCUAGCGGUCCCUCCUUGCGCCUCAACAACAACAACAACAACAACCACAACCGCGAACACACAAACAACACAACACAACACAACACAAUCGCAGUUUCCGAUUCUUACAAAAUCCGAAAGUACGAGGUGAUGUUUGAAUGGAACCAAACGAAGAGAACGGAGGCACCACUACCAGGGAGGAACAAGAGGAGGCAUUGGUUGCUUUGAUCGAACACCGAACCCGCGAAGUCAACAACCUCCGUCACCGCAUCGCCUAUUACAAAACCCAGCUUGACGAAGCAGAAAAAAGGUUGCAAGAUUCUGAAUCUAAAUUGGCUCGCCUUCGGGGUCAAACUAAUGCAGUGUCGUCUAGAAGUGCCGUAGAAGAUGGAAUCAAAACUGUGAAAACAGAGCGCAGAUCAAUCAGUCCCAUUGAUAGAAAUGGAGGUUCUGCCAAAAACCAACCUCAAUCUAAAACAGAACUUGUUAUUCCUUCAGUGAAUCCAAAAAUUUCACAACCUGUACUGUUGCCAAGGUCUUCUGCAAAAGCUUCAAUAAGUUCCAGUUCUGAAGCCACUCCAGGAGUCCAUAAUUCUCCAAUCACUGGUGGUAGCUCUAGGGGAAAACCUGACAAGUCUCAUGGUCAUAGACUUUCUUCGGAGCAGCAAAAUUCUGAAAACAAGGACAAAGGGACAAAAAGGAAGUUUGAACAAAAAGAACACAAGGAAUUGAUUCCUUUAAUACGCAAGAGUUCUUCACCAAGCUUGGUACACUGUCAAACAAGCAACCACAUCUCAAGUCAACACAAGAGGAAAUUGCGGAGUAUUGCUUUGUGUCCCGUGAAUGAUCAGCUUUUUGUGACCAGUGCUCUGGAUGGAGUGGUCAACUUGUGGCAAGUUCAGGCUAAGGGAGCAGGAGCCUCUCGUCUUAGCACUACUGAUUGUGCAUCCCAAAAGCAGAGGAGAUGGCCAGAAGAUUUAGUCUGGCACCCAGAAGGAAACAGUCUAUUUUCAGUAUACAGUGCUGAUAGUGGAGACUCUCAAGUAUCAAUUACAAAUCUGAAUAAAGGACAAGGGGGAGAUCGUGUAAAAUUCUUAGAGGACAAGCCUCAUGUUAAGGGAAUUAUCAAUGGCAUUGUUUUUAUGCCCUGGGAAAAUACAUGUUUUGUAACUGCUGGAAGUGACCAUGCUGUUGUACUUUGGAGUGAGCAGGAUGGUGAGAACAAGUGGAAGCCAAAAGCAUUGCACAGGAACCUUCACUCUUCUGCUGUCAUGGGAGUUGCUGGUAUGCAGCAGAAGCAGGUGGUGUUGUCUGUUGGUGCAGACAGGAGAAUAUUUGGGUAUGAUGUUCGUGUAGGAAGAGCAGAUUUCAAGCAUCAGGUUGAUAGUAAAUGCAUGAGUGUCCUGCCCAAUCCACGUGACUUCAAUUUAUUCAUGGUUCAAACAGGGACCCAUGAGAAGCAGCUUCGAUUAUUUGAUAUUAGAUUGAGGAAUACAGAGCUUCAUGCUUUUGGAUGGAAGCAAGAAAGCAGUGAAUCUCAAUCGGCUCUGAUAAAUCAGGCUUGGUCUCCUGAUGGACUUUAUAUAACAUCUGGUUCUGCAGAUCCUGUGAUUCACAUAUUUGAUAUAAGGUACACUGCUCACAAGCCUUCCCAAUCUAUAAGAGCGCAUCAGAAACGAGUCUUCAAAGCCAUGUGGCUUCAGUCUAUUCCUCUUGUCAUUUCCAUAUCAUCUGAUCUUAACAUUGGACUGCACAAGGUUUACUGUUGAACUUGCCAAUGACUCUGUAGACCACCCCUGUGCUCCACACUUGUGUUGUUGCUGCGUAUGUAGUUUCUAUUUCACUUGGGGUUUUUUAGAAGAUAAUAUUAUUUUGUUUUAUUUUAUAAUGCGUGGAAUUUUGUGGCAACCUGCGACGAGUAAAGGGAGGAAUUUUUAGGAAAUACCGAAAAUCAGGAAAAUUUUGUUGGGGGAUGGCUUGCUCAGAUGCUGCUGGCAAGGUGUAUUUUACUGUUGUUUUUUUAGGUUUAGUAUACAUUUUCCCUUUGUUCUUUGAAAGCAAAAGAUAGUAUGAUUUAUUU